GUAAAAGAUGUGGGCGGUUGAAAAGAAGUGUCAGGUCAAAGUCACUCUUUUCACAAUCACACUGCAGUCUAUUCACAUGGAUGAAGUACAUUCACAGAUUUGCACAGGGUUUACAUCUACGGCAAGUAGACAUGCUUCAAGAUGGUAUUGCAAAGAGCACAGCAACACUUUCUAUGAUGUCAACGAAACUCAGAAGAAUUUGUGUAAAAAGCCUGGAAAAGCACCGAAAGAAAAAAAGGCAGAAAGUUGGUGGAGUUAAUGUCGUUGUUCACAUUGAUGAGAGCAAGUUCUGCCAUAAACGCAAGUGGAAGACGUUAAGAUGAGAGCCACAUCAUUACGGACUCAGUUCACAAAACUCAUUAAACCCAAACCUAGCGGCAGUGGAGAGAAAGGGUUAUCACAGAAACAGAGAUGGCUUUUAAUCAGCUUGGACUUUCUUAAGAAACAUGUUGCCCAACGCCCCUCUGAGACCAGUCUUGAUCAAUCUGUGAAAGACUUACUGAGUGAAGGACAGGACAUUGAUGACCCCACCAGUGAUGAAGACAUUGCAGACACAUCUGAGGCACUAGGACCACAUCCCUCUACCCAGCAAGAGGGUGAAGACCACAACUCCCUUUUUCCCACUCCCAGGCCUGCGCUUAAACGCCGAAAAGCUGACACAGACACUGUUGAGCAACAAAAACUGAAGCUGUUACAGCAGAUGUCUGCUUCAGUUCUGGCCACCCCAGAUGCAUGCAGCUCCUUUGGAAACCAGGUUGCUGUGGAGCUCCGGUUAAUAAAGAAUACAAGCAUACAGACCGGGGUAAAAAGAAAAAUAAUGAAUGCUUUGUUUGAGGCCCAGGAGGCUGACCAAUCUAGUACCUCACCAUCCUCACACAUGCCACCACUCAUAUAUUCAACUCUCACACCUACACAAAUGCUCACCUCAACCCCUCUAUACACACAGACACCUCAACACUACCAUCAGCACAUGCCCCCUCAGGGCCCUGUUCAACCUCAGAACUUUUUGAGGAUGCUAGAAGAAUAG